CGCCGCUUGAGCCGGGGGCCCAGGGCUAGUCAUGGCUGAGGUGGCCAGAGUCGUGGUGAGCGACCCGGGUUCGCGGAUGCUCCCGGGCGGCUUCUGGGCGGCGGUAGCCGUGUGGGUGGAGAAGCCGCAGGUGGCCAACAAGCGGCUGUGUGGCGUCCGUCUGGAGGCCCGGCGGAGCGUCUCCUUGCCCAAGACCGGGCACACCCACCCCAGGCCCAAUACAGGCCCAGAGCCGGAGAGUCUUGCGGAGGCUGGAGGAUGUGGGCCCGACUCGGGGCCGGGACCCAUCCGGCGUUCCUCCGACGGGGGCCCGGGCACUGGACCGAGCGCGGGCCCCGAGCAGGGCCGCCAGGAGGCCCAGGGCCGGCGUCAGCCAGAGGAGGAGCCCGGGGAAGCAGUCGCCGCCGCCGCCGCCACGCCUCAGCUCUCACGGACCCCUGGGCAACCCGGCAAGGCUGCAGCCGGGGAGGGCGACCUCCCCGCCGCCGACCUGGGUUCUCUGUGGGACGCCUUCGCUCGGAGCCUCGCCGGCGACAAUCGAGAGGCGCUAGCCUUCCUCACCCGCCCCGGGGCAGGAUCGCCUCCAGAGGGUCGGCUUGAGCUCGACUUGGUGCUCAGAACCGUCAUCCCCAAAACGAACCCGCAUUGCCCGCUUCGUGGUCCGAGGAGAGAAAUGGUCGUGCAAGAUGUCCUCAAUGGAGCUGUAACUUUUUUACCUUUGGAAGAGGAUGAUGAAGGGAAUUUAAAGGUUAAAAUGAGCAACGUGUAUCAAAUCCAGCUCAGUCACAGUGAAGGAGAAUGGUUCAUAUCUGUUUUAAUUUUCUGUCCAGAACGAUGGCAUUCAGAUGGCACUGUGUAUCCCAAACCCACCUGGCUUGGAGAAGAGUUGCUGGCCAAGUUGGCCAGGUGGUGUGUGGAGAGCAGGCAGAGUGGGUUCAAAAGCACCCUGUCCCUCAUCUCCAUCAUGAAGUACAGUAAGGCUUACCAGGCACUUAAAGAGAAGUACAAGGACAUGGUCAAGGUGUGGCCUGAAGUCACUGACCCUGAGAAGUUUGUAUAUGAAGAUGUGGCCAUUGCUGCCUACCUGCUGAUCCUCUGGGAGGAAGAGAGAGCCGAACGGGGAGAGACUGCCCGGCAGUCCUUCGUGGACCUUGGCUGCGGGAAUGGCCUCCUGGUCCACAUCCUGAGCAACGAGGGGCAUCCAGGCCGAGGCAUAGACGUGCGAAGAAGAAAAAUCUGGGACAUGUACGGACCCCAGACCCGCCUGGAGGAAAGUGCGAUCACACCAAAUGAUAAGACCCUUUUCCCUGACGUCGACUGGCUAAUCGGUAAUCAUUCCGAUGAGCUGACGCCGUGGAUACCAGUCAUUGCGGCCAGGUCUUCCUAUGACUGCCGCUUCUUUGUCCUGCCCUGUUGCUUCUUUGACUUCGUCGGGAAGUUCCAGCGGAUGCAGAGCAGCAAGACGCAGUACCGCGGGUACCUGGACUUCAUCACAGAGGUGGGCUCGGCCUGUGGCUUCCACGUGGAGGAGGACUGCCUUCGGAUCCCUUCCACCAAGCGGGUCUGUCUCAUCGGGAAGUCCAGGACAUACCCGCCCACCAGAGAGGCUUCCGUGGACGAGGAGAGGACCCGCUACAUUAACAGUAGGCGGGGCCGCCCCGGGAGCCCCUGCAGUGGGGGUCCUGCCCCCCCGCCCCCCGGGGCUGCUCCCGGCAGUGCCCCUGGCCUUGAGGGACCCGGAGCCCUGGACGCCCAGCCCGGGCACGCCGCGGAGGCUGGUGCCGAUCAGCAAGGGCUCAGAGCCCCGGCGGAAGGACUCUGGCUGUCUGGAUUUCACCCCAGGGAAAAAGCCGAGCGCCUGAGGAACUGUGCUGCCCUUCCUCAAGAGUUUGUUGACCGAGUGGUUUUGCAAGUGGCUCACUUGCUUUUGGGAAGAAGUCCUGCAGGUGGGAGUGCGCAGGCCUGGAAUCGAGGAGGGAGCCUGUCCUUGGCGGAGGUGGCCGGGGAGCUGGACCGGGAGACACUGAGGAGGCUGAAGCGGGAGUGCGGCGGCCUGCAGACGCUGCUGAGGAGCAGCCCGCAGGUGUUCCAAGUUCUGAACGGGCGCGUGCGCAUCCGCGACUGGAGGGAGGAGAGGCCGCGGAAGCAGGAGGAACCAGAGGCGAAGCGGGGGCUGUCCCCCGACACCUUCAAAACCCGCAUCUGCUGGUUCUUCGCUCAUCACCCCGACGGCUGCGUCCUGCCGGCGGACUGCUGCCCGUUCGCCCACGGGCCGGGGGAGCUGCGGCCGGCCCCCCGCACCAGGAAGAAAAAGCCGGCUCUGUGAGCGGCUCCACCCUGCGAGGGGCAGGCUCCCAACUCCCCUGAGUCCUGGCCGUGGUCGAGGUCGUGGGCCCCUUCUUCCGGGGCGCGUUCUCACGGGGCGCGACCACGCCCUGCCGACGCUGGGAUCCUCCCGGCCCUCCGCCCUGAGUGCUGGGUUCGCUCUUACGCGCUCUCUGCGUCUUUACAGCAGACAGAGCCACGGCCUCAGGUGCGGGAAGGAUUUCAGCUGGGCCUUCUCGGCUCCUCAAGCCCCCAGUACUAGCUGCUCUGGGGUCGGCCUCCUCCUGCUCUAGGUCUCCCCACAGAUACUGUUGACUUUUGAUUCCAGGGGAAAAAAAAUUCCUGAUGAUGUACUUCUGUUGUAAAGUGUGUUUACAGUUUUACACAAAAAGGUCA